GGGUUGAGAAUGUGGGCGGGGCCACAAGUGAUGACGCGGCAGCCGCCAAACUCAAAAAUCCGCAAAUAUUUUCAUCGACUAUCCAGCGACUAUUUUAAUAAGGGUUUACUCAAAAUUAAGGAAAAGACUUAAUGCGACAUGGAUGGGGCGUCUGCGACAGGUGUUUUGAGUCAUCUGGGCAGGCUGGAAGCUCAGGCGAGAAGCCGUAAAACUCAGCAGCAGGGCCGUGUGAAGGAGUUGAAGGCUAAAGCCGAGGAGCUGAGGAUGCAGAGAGACCGGCUGAAGGCAGAGAUAGAGACACACAAGAAACUGAGGGCAUUUAUGGACAAACAGUGUACACAAGAAGAAGAAAUGGAUGAAGACUCUGAACACUCUGAACUCCUGCCGUUGGUGGCCAGACAUGCACAACUGCAAGACCUUCUGCGUGCACAUCACAUUAUUGGUGGGUACAAUGUCACAAAGACACGUCAAGGUAAAGGAGUGUGUGUGUCUCUGGCGACGGCCUACGAGGGCGUCUUCUUAGACACCUACAACGUGGAGAUAGACCUGAAGCCAACGCUGAGGAUCAGUCGUCACAACAUCCCCCCAUUCAUUCCCCUGGACAGCCUGGUUGAACAGAGCGACUUGCAGACAGACAUGAGGACUUUUUUGGGCACACUCAGCCGACAUCUCAACGCCUUUGCUGGUCGCAAACAGCAGCUGAAGCUUGUGAAGGAGCUCCAUAAGUCUGUGAAAGUGAUGGAGAGUAAUGUUUUGUGUUCAAUACUGGUGAUGAUGUUCACUGUACCCACAAAGAAGACGGCCGUUCUCUGCACGCUGGACUACACCGACCACACCAGAAGUCUUCCCACACGAGUCCACUUUGAAUCUGAAGACAAGGAGCUUCCUGGUUCUCCGGAGUGGAAGAAAAACUGCAGCCUGCUCAUGGAGCAUCAUGUACACAAAGCUUUGACAACCAUGAGGAAGAUGGGGGAUAUUGUGUAAUUUAUUCAGAAAUAAUGAAACUUAAAAUUCUCACUGUUUUUUUUUUUUACUAUUAAAAUACUGUUAAACAUUCAUCUCGACAUUUCAGAUGUUGGGGUAUUAAACUUUGAAGUGUUCCUAUGGAGGUUCCAUAAGUAUUUGCAUGUUGCUUUUGUCCUUGAGCUGCUCUAUAAACGCUGCCAUCCUCUUGUGUAAAGUUUCCCUCUGAAACUGCCUCAGCCUCUCCAGCUCCUCUCGGGCUUUCUGCUGCUGCCUGGCCAACUCUUUUUCUGAGAUUGCGUCAAUAGUCGCGAUCUUUUUCAUCUGCAGGAGAGACACGCUGCUCUGGAUGUUGCGUCUGUGUCUCACUGAGCUGGUGGGUUUGACUGACGCCGGCGGUGCUGAUACGGACCGACUCUGCUCCACCGCUUCACAUCUCUCGUUGUGAUGCUGGGAUUUGCCGGAUGUUCUGCCAUCAGAUGUCUGAAUGUCUCUGAAGUGCGUCUCGUUAUUGUGUUCUCCGAUUUCUUUCAUGGCGAUGUUGACUGUGGCUUUAGGCUCACAAACCUUCACCAUCACGACUCUUCUCUGUUCUUUUAUCAGCGAGUCUCUUCUUUGUUGGAGCAUUUUGCGAGUGUACCUGUACUGUUUGUCCAACAUGUUUAGUUUCUGCUGGAGAUCCCUGUCCUCCUUUUGGUUCAGCACUCUCAGAUUUCUCUGCAGCACAUCAGGUCUUUUGAAUCUUUGAUCCAUAAAGACUAAGGGGGAAAAAGAAGUUUCUCAGUCAGUUUCUAUCCCUAAUUCAAGUGCUUCCAUUUUAGAGCAAAGGAUGUUGUUUUCUUACCUGAUUUGUGUGCAACUUCCCCCGGAGAGUUCGUCUGUUUGCUGCUAUGGCUGCCUCAGCGUAUGUAAGGUAAUAGCCUAUUAUAUUUGAAGUAAAGUGGAUGGGAUUGU